AUGCUUCAGGAUCGACAUUCUGAAGAAAUCGGGUUACAACGUGUUGCUGAACAGAACAGGUUGCUGUUCCAGAAACUACAUGGUGUUGAAAAGGAAAAAGAGAAGAUGAUUCUUACCCAGUUCACUCAGGACAGAACUAUAUCUGAUUUAGAAACCACUGUGUCAGAACAAAAGGAAGAAGUAAAUUCACUAAAACGUCUUCAGAAAUCAGUAGAACAAACACGGGGCCAUCUUCAAAGACAACUUCGAACUAAAGAAGCAGACUGCAACAGAAUGUCUGUACAGAUACAGACCCUGGAGAAGCAAUUGGCCGAGGCUGUGAUGGACAACAAACGGCUGCAACGUCAAAUGUCCACAGUUAGAGACCAGUCAGACAAGGACAAAGGUUACUUGAAGAAAGCAACACGGCUGCUGAAGCAGAAGGCCAGCUACACAGAAGACACUGUGGAACACCUAAACUCUGAAUUGGUAAACAAAGAGAAAGAACUCACUGAUGCCAGCACACAGCUUGAUGUCUACAGGACAAGAUUGGAACAAAUCGGUCAAGAGAAGAGCUCGGCUUUUGCAGAAUGUUCUAAGCUAAAGCAAGAAAUGGAAGAUCUGCAAAAUAAGAUCCACCUCUAUGAGGACAAUUCUACAGAAACAUCUAGAAUGUCUGCCAUGCUGGAGGAGAAGACGUUGGAGUGUCAGAACAAAUGUCAGGAGAAUGAGAAAUUAAUGUCUAUCCAAGAGGAAUUGACAUCAAAGUUGACCGAAGAUGAAACCAAUGUCAACCAUUUGCAGACCAAACUGACACAGGCUGAAGAAAUCAUUGAAGAAUACAAAGGCAGGAUGGACAUAUCCAGAAGUGAAGCUAAUAAUACACUGAGUCUGUUGGAAGAACAACAGAAACAAAACAGUCGCAUCCAGAGAGAAGGAGAAGACGAAUUGGAUAAGGUGAAGAAACGGUUACACCAACGUCUGUUAGAAUUAGAACCUCUGCCAGAGAUGUUGAAGACCACAGAACUAAAAGUACAAGACUUUGAGCAGCAGUUACAUUUGUCUGAGAGGAAGAACACAGAAAACAUCAAACUAAUUGCAGAACUUACUUCAAAGCUGGAACAUGUUAAUGAGAUGCUGGAAGAAGCCAAACAAAUGAACCAUGAAUAUGUGGAGGAAAACCGAAGUUUAAGGAAUAAAGUCGACACACUUGAACGGAAGUUUCUAGAAGUUACAGAACAGAAUCGUGAACUGAUGACUACCAUAUCCAAGAGAGAGGAAACCAUCCGCCUGAACAAUGAAAGAUUAUCUCAACAGAAAAUCUUAGAUCUUGAAUGUCAAGUGAAUCAGGUGAAAACUGAGGUAAACAGAGUGAAGAGGGAGAAGGAUGAGAACAAUCGCAGAUGUAAUUCUCGGCUGCACGACCUGAAGGACCGGCUGGAACAGUCACAAAGCACAAAUCGAAGUUUGCAGAAUUACGUCCAGUUCCUGAAGACAUCUUACCGCAACGUCUAUGGGGACAUGACUGAAUCCUUCCUGCGGCCAACACUGCCGUAAGGUCCAGGUUCAAUUCAAAAAAUAGUGCGUUGUUGUGAUUUUGAUAUUGACCAUGUUAAUGAGGAGGAGGAGGAGGUCUGAAAUCUGAGUGUUUCAGUCAGCUUAUAGUGGCAAAUAUCCACUGUGAUGGCAAUGAAUGACAGCCACGACAUCAGGAUGCUACAACUUACUCACUUAUACUCGAUUCUUGUUUCGGUAUUGAACUACACAUAGCUCAGCUAACACGCAGGCUUGUAGCUAUGGUAACGGUUGUAAACAGUCCAAAAAAUUGUUUCCCUUGACUCAGGUAUUUCUUCCCCCCCUCCCUCCCACGGCCUCCUUUAUUGUGAGAAACAGUUUGUUUGAAACGUGUAUUUAGCUUGUCUUUGUUUGA